ACACCAUAAUCCAUCCCUCUUAUUAUUAUUGACCCAUGACUUAAUGCUACGACAUUCCCAUCAAUAUCGAACCAUGCACAUCCUGAAUCUCCUUUACUCAUGAAAUUUAUGAAUGUGCCUUUUUUAGCCUUUACCAAUAUUUGUCUGUCAAGCCAUAUAUCUUUGUUUUUGUCACCCUCCAUUAAAACAUCAUGGAAAAUUCCAACUUGGCGUCUCAUCAUGUUUCCAGUAUUAACUGAGACAGGAAUUUCUUUAAUCACUCCUUCGGUUAAUCCAGUUGUACGUCCAACCUUAAAUAUACGUCUAGAUGCACUGUCUUCAAUAUUCUCCUUUAAACCAGAAAGACGUAUAUUAGGGAUAUUACAAACGUUGAACGAACUAUUUCUAAUAGCAAGUUUACUUGGGUUCAAUCCUCGCUUGUCGGGUAGUACGAGGGCAAUGGCGGCAUCAACACCAUACUUAUAUUGACCAAAUUUAUAAUUACCACGUACGCCCUUUUCAAUUAGAGCAAAUCUAGUAUCUUUUUGUUGCGCAGAUUCGAAUUUUUUUUUAUUUUCUAUACAUGUCUGAUAGCUUGAAUCCAGAAAUUCAAGUUUUUUAGACAAUUUGUUCUUGAAAAAUUCAUAAUCUGUGUUUAAAAUUUCAUUCCAUUCCUUUUUCGUUUUGUUGAAUUCACAUUCGAGUCUAUGCAGUUUAAGCAUUAUUUGUAAUGCCUCUAAUUUUUCUAGUUCUACUUGUAACUCCUUUUUUUUUUCGUUUUAUAACUUAUUUUCUGUUCUAAACAUCAAUAAUUUGUUGAAAGCUUCAAGCAUUCUCAAUAAAUCCUGAUGUUUUACAUUAUUUC